AGGAGGCAUGGUUGACAGGAGUGAGCUGGAUCAUGAGAGAUUCAUUCUGAAUGUGCAGGUUACAGAAAGUAUCAAGCCUUUCUCUCUAGAAGUAUCUCAAGAUCUGGAGACCAGAAGAACAUUGUGCAUUCAUUUUCAGAUGGAACUUGACGAAUCUCAUCAACCGAAAGGAAUAUUCGAAUGCCAACUAUGCAAGUUAUCACUCCCAUAUUCUUACUUUGGCCAGAAGCCACCACAUGCACAUUCAGUUGUACUCCUGGAAGAAUCUUACAUAGCCAAAGAUCCAUUCUCUCCUGACAAAGAAAAAUUCCUGAUUCUUGGCUCCCACUGUUAUCUGUGUAAGCAGGUGGUCUGCGUUGGAACGGAGUGCAGCCUCUUCUACUCCAAACGAUUCUGCUUACCAUGUUUUAUAAAAAACAAAGGAGAAUUCCCUAAGGAGAUUCAACAGGACUUCGACAAGAGAAAGUCACAGACAAAAUCAUAGGCCACAAAUCAUUAUGACAAUCACGUUAAUUCACAUUGAUUGGCUGGGACAUACUGGCUUUGAUGACCACACAUCACUUAUAUCUUAGAUUGUUCCACACUGACUUGCUCAUCUGUGGAAAACACGCAAAUAUGAACUGGUUACUAUAGAGAUUGAACUGUUAUACGUGUUUGUUUAUAUCUUGCUCCAUGACAUGUGAGCAGUUUUCAGGAUCUGUUUAGCAAUGGGCACAAUUGCCCCCCGGAACCUUUAUGAUAUUGGCAAGGUUUUCAGAUCCUCACAAGAAUACUCUGUAAAGAGAAAUAUAUACUUAUAAUGAAUGCUUCCUAUGUGUUACCUAUUUCAACUACACAUGGACAUUUUCAGGUUGAAAAAUUCUAGGGAGAUGAAUAUGGGGUGAGCCAUUUUAGAGAUUGCGUGUUGUAAAGUGAAAUCCUCCCUUUGCCGCUGCUGUUAAUUAAAAUUAAACUUUUGAUUAGAGGUU